UAGUUUAAAACCCUUCUAAAUCAUUGGUUGCACUUAGAUUAAGUGAGUACUUGCAUUCUCAGUGCUUUGAUAUCCCUCAGAACUGGUUCGACAAUCAUUUAUACUACAACAUUUGUCUUAGGAGCCUUGAAAACUCCUAACAUCAAUUAUUCAUUCAAAUUCAUUGGUAGACAACUAAUAUAUUUAUUGUUAGCCGGCUAACAUAUCUAAUUAUGUAUAACAAUUAAGUUAUCCGUCAAAUCUAGUGCAAAAUAUUGUAAAACUAAAUAUUUAUAUAUAAUCUAUUAUUUAACUUUUAAUAAAUUAUUUUAGCCAGCUAAUUAUUAUAAUAUCAGGACAUUGCAUUUUGAUAUAGAAAUAGAAGUGGUUGUAACUCUCAAGCACAUUUCAAAACCGUAUUAUAAGAUUAGUUCACUUCGAAUAAAACAAACGCAAGACAACUAAUAUGAGCUACAAUUAUUCUGCAUUUCAAAUGAACAAAAAACUAUUAUACGAACAUUAUAUCUCAUGUCCAACAAACAAAAGUCACGAAACAUUUAAUAAAGUAUAACAAUUUAUUAAAAUUGCUAACAUAUUUAAUACCACAAACACCUAUUGUUAAACGGCUAACAAUUUUGUUUUCUCUCGAUUCAGUAUCACUUGGUCCGCCAAAAAGAUAUCCAAGAAAAAUCCUUUUCCGGGGACAGCAAGAAGUUUAGUAGAUGGCUUCUUCUGUUCUAAUCAUCAUCCAAUCAACCAACACAAUCAACCAACAACAACAACACACAAUUAUUUAUGUUUCAUAAGGUUUGAAGCUUUUGUCUUUUGCUAGAACCAGUAGGUCGUCCUCUCAUCUUCUUAACAGUAGGCAAGGUUCCCCUCCGCCGGAGCCACGAUUGUCUCUACUAGAUUGACUAACAGUGAAAAAAGGAGGUUCAGGAACAAAACACAGUGAUGUCGUUCUUGUUCAUCGUUCUUCUCCCACUUACCACGAUACAGCCAGACUAUUCAAAGACAAAAACAAAAACACAAAGGCACCACAAUUUGGUCGGGAUUCUGUAAAAAAAAAAAAGAAACAGAGGAGGAAGAUAAAGAAGAAGAUAAGGACCAUGAGAGAGAAAAAUGAAAUUUUUGUUUAAUCGUAAUCUUACCAAAAUUUUAUAAUAUUUUUAAACUUACGGGGCACCUAAUGUGACUUACAAACUCAAUAUAUCAAAGGGCUCUAAAUGUAAUUUUACAUACACUUUAUCUACAGUAACUGCCAUACUUUUACUGUAUUAGGUAUAUUCCUAAUUUCCCACUUCUUUAUGGGUUUUGAGCUAAUUGACUCAAAAUAAUAUGAUAUAUCAUUUUUAUUUCCUAUUUUGUUGUUUUUAAAAAAAUCCUAUUUUGUUUGAUUUAUUAAAUUUCACGUACAUGUUAUAGCUUUUAGUGUAACCGAGUAUAUACGGAUAUGCGCAUUUUUAUAAGCAUAUGUACAGGUGCAGGUCUAAUAUAAAUUCACAUAGAACAGUAUGAAAAUUUAUCAAUUCAUAUAAUAAAAACUAUCUCAUUUUAGUUCUAGAAAACAAUGCGCCACCUUUUAGCUUCAUCCAUUCGUUAGCCCAAACGUAACAAAAGCUGGUCAAAGGGGCGCCGACGGUUUAGAAACAACGAUUGCUCAAAGAAACUGUUACGUUGUUAAAUCUUUUUUCAUUUUUUGUUAAUUUAACAUUUGACCAAUUUUUUUUUGUUGAGAAGAAACAAAAAACAGAUAGAGAAAACCAAAUCUUCAGCGAAACAAAUAAAAGCAAAGUUGAUAUGAAAAGUUUUGAGAACAGAUCAUUCCCUUUCAUAACUUAUACUUAUCAUCAUCCUCAUGAACGAAUCUCUAGCACUAACUCCUGCGCCUUGGCCAGCGCUUAGCAACGUCGAAGUUUGUAACCGAGCUUUCUUCAACAUCUCUUCUUACGGAAUCUUGGAAAACUAUGAAGCUCCGAGUGUCAUCUUCGGAUACGCAUUGCCUCUUCUUGAGUUGCAGAUCCUUAUCAUCUUCGUUUUAAUCGUGUUAUCUCAUAUGUUCCUUAGAUUUAUUGGCGUACCACAGUUCGUUUCUUACAUGUUUACGGGGUUGCUUCUGGGACGUCACCUAUUUGAUCUUCAGGACUUUUCUUCCCACCGUUUAUCGUUAGACGUGGCGUUAGAUGGUAACAUAGCGUUAGAAGGUGUGGCCAACUUGGGUUUAAUAAUGUUCACGUUCUUGAUGGGCGUGAAGACCAAUAAAAGAGCCAUGUUUCAUAUCGGUAAAGGCACGGUUGCGAUCGCGGUUUUGUCCUUUGUGGUGACUAUGACCGCCGGAUUAGCCUUUAGAAACUUUCAGCUAGACAAGGCCGACCCUCUCUAUAUGCCUCUGAAACUGGCUCCAACAGAACGCACCGUGAUUGUAUCAGUUCAAGCGUUAACGCUGUUACCCGUAAUAACGCACCUGGUAUAUGAGCUUAAGAUUCCAAACUCGGAGCUCGGCCGCCUCGCCAUAUCUAUUGCAACGAUUAAUGAUCUCCUAGGAUUUAUCACUCUGCAAUGCGUUUCAUAUGUAGCAUCAUACAGGUAUGUAUCGCCUAGAAUAGCCAACCGCGAUGCAUUGGCAAUGACCAUCUUAAUCCUUGUGAUCCUAUUCAUCAUCAAGCCUACGGCUCAAUGGAUAGUCGACACAAGUCCAGAAGGCAAACCCGUACGGGAACUCUAUGUAUACGGAACAAUUAUGAGCGCAAUCGCUGCGAGUAUUUGCACAACUUAUUUCCACCAAGUCCACGUUUUAGGAGCUAUAUUGGUCGGGAUGGCCAUCCCAGACGGUCCACCUCUUGGGUCUGCGUUAGAAGCCAAGUUUGAGGGAUUGGUUACAAACAUAUUUUUACCGAUUUCAAUAGUGGUAAUGACCAUGAAAGCUGACAUUUCAAAGGUAUUGUACGCGUUCGAUGACAUAGCCAUUAACAUAUUUUUGGUGGGUUUCACAUUGGUCGUCAAAUGGACUGCUACUUUUGGGUCUUGCUUGAUCUUCAAGUUACCUACUAACGAAUCUAUUAUCCUCGCCAUUAUGAUGAACUAUAAGGGUUUUGUCGACUUAUGCUUCUUUGAAGGAGCCGCGAAUCAUCGGAAUCUAUCGCAAGCCACUCACACGUUCAUGAUAAUAUACGUUCUUUUGAUCGCGGGAGUUUUACCUACUACUGUGAAAGCACUGUACGAUCCAAAGAGGAAGUAUAUAGGAUACGUCAAGAGAGACAUCAUGCAUCUGAAACCAAACUCAGAUCUCAAGAUCCUAACAUGUUUGCAUAAACCGGACAACAUCUCUGGCGUGCUCUCGCUGCUACAACUGCUCUCUUUCACUCCUGACGGCGAGAGUAAUAAAGACAGAGGAGUCAUCGCUGUCACAGCAUUACACCUCGUGAAACUCGCUGGAAGUUCGUUUCCAAUCUUGAUACCACACGACAAGCGGACAAAACCACAGUUGCAUCAAAACUCUUACAUUCAAACAAUGAUGCUCGUGUUCUCCGAGUUCCAACAAGAGAAUUGGGCAUCUACGGCUGUUAGCUUCUUCACAGCUUACUCUCAAGAGGAUCUAAUGGAUCAUGACAUUUGCAAUCUUGCUCUAGACCACCACACAUCGAUGAUCAUCGUCCCUUCUGGACGAAAAUGGUCACCUGAUGGAUUAUAUGAAUCGGAUGAUAAUGUGAUCAGAAGUGUGAACGCUUCUCUCCUCGACCGCGCUCCCUGUUCUGUAGGUGUACUCAAUGACCGAAGCUACCGUACCAAGAAAAAGAGUAACGGUACCGUUAACAUCGGUGUGAUCUUCAUUGGAGGUAAAGAUGAUCGCGAGGCCAUCUCGCUUGCGAAAUGGAUGAGACAGAAUCCGAGAGUGAGUCUCACAGUGAUUCGGUUUUUAUCUGGUCAAGAACCAGACAAGAAUAAGAAUUGGGAUUACCUUGUUGAUAAUGGGGUCUUAAACGAUUUGAAAGAAACAUAUGCAUCCUCUGGGAAUUUCGUUUAUGCGGAGAAGAUAGUCAACGGUGGUCCCGCGAUGGCCACCGCCGUAAGAUUGGCGGCGGAAGAUUAUGACUUGAUGAUUGUAGGGAGAGGUCGCGACGAUGAUUUGCUGGAUGUCUCGGGUUUGGCGGAAUGGAUGGAGCUUCCGGAGUUAGGAGUCAUAGGAGAUUUGCUUGCAUGUAAAGAUCUAAAAACUAGGGUUUCUGUUUUAGUAGUUCAACAACAGCAGCAACAUGAGUGAGUGUAGUUGUGUAACCUGUCAAUGAUAUGCUUGGAUGUAAAGAUCUAAAUUACAUGAACAAAUUCAUUUCUUCUCAUCUUGUUUUGAAUUAGAAGUCCAUGAUUCCUAACUAAAAGUUAUAGUAUACGUACUAAUAACAACAAAACUGUAAUUUUCACCAUAAUAAUUUGCGCAAAUGAUUUCUCCCACUCCGAUAAAGACUUAGUGACCACUGCGAAUAAUUUUUACCUGUCACUGCCAGAGUCAUUGCUUCUCUUUCGUCUUUACCGCUACGUAAGAUCAUACAGAUUGCAGACUUUGUAGGAUAACAAAUUUAAAACCGUACGGUUCUUGCUACUCAUUGUUUUUUUUUUAACUCUUGAAAUUCAUAAAUAAGUGACUGUACGAACACAUAAGAGAUGGUUUGGGAUGUUGUGGACAAAAACAAGUAUGAUGAAAAGUAGAAACUCUCCUUUCAUGUACAUGAGAAAAGGGGAAAUUUUAAAGUGUGACAUUACAGACCAUUAUGAAUAUAUUUUUUCUAUGUUUUCAAAUAUGUUGAAACCAUCAAUCCAUAGUUCGAGAUAGACAUUUAUGCUUUAUGAUGCAAAUACCUCAUAAACUGGAUUGAAAGUGCUUUUAUGUCUAUACAUCCGAAGGAUGCUCAAUUUCCUUCAUUUGAGUGUUUUUAUGUCAUCUCAUAGCAUUUGAUGUGCUUCAAAUUGAUACAGCCUUCUAAGCCUAUCUACAAAUGGCAAAUACACAUACAUUUAUUGUAAUACCCAAACUUUCCAAAAUAAAAUAAUAAAUAAUAAUCGUGAAAUCUAUAUUUAUUAAUCCUCAUAAAUCGUCUGCAAAUAUCAUAAAUCCGACAAAUAGUCAUAAAUCCAAAUAAUGGAAUAAAUCUAGAAAAUACGAUAAAACCAUAAAACCCGCAAGUCUGAAAUGAAAAGAAGUAAACGCCCAAAAGCACCAAUCCGAUAGCAAUCACUCAUGCUCGACAGUCUCACCUGAAAGGGGGAGAAAAGAGGGGUGAGCAACAGGGGAGUUACUCAGUGAGGUAUGGGAUGUUAAACCGCAAACCACUGACUCAGUACAUAGCACUACGACUAUGUAGGCGUAGCUCUAGCAUGAACAAACACGACACCUAUUGUGCCACACAUAACAACCAAUGCGUUUAUAGUACAUAGCUAUUCUUUGCACCCUGCAUUCUCCUUGUACGGAUAUAAAUAUAUAAAUAUUCAUGUAUACCAAAAGUAUGUGUAGUACAGAAGUACUUCCCUAUACUCCCACAUUCUCCUCAUACACAAUGCUACGUAGUAUAGAAGUGCUUCCCUAUACUCCCGCAGCUCAUACGUGGUACAGAAGUGCUUCCCUGUACGCCCCGCAAUCUCAACUCAAACAAUUAGCACGUAGUACAGAAGUGCUUCCCUGUACUCCCGCAGCUCAUACGUGGUACAGAAGUGCUUCCCUGUACGCCCCGUAAUCUCCACACAAACAGGCCAAUACAGAAGUACUUCCCUGUAUCCGGCUAACCAAUCCAUACUAUAUGUAUACUUAUAUAUAACUGUCUUAACAUCAAACAAAUCAAU